GGUUGCAGUUCCCUCUGCUAGGCUGUGGAGAGCUUCUGAAAUGGCGGUGCUGCGGAAAGAUACACUGCAGCUGGAGAGCAUGGCCGAGGUGGGCUUUGUGUGCUUCUUCCAGGGCAUGCCUCAGAAGACGACCACCACGGUGUGCCUCUUCCAGUGGGGCGAUUUCUAUAUGGCGCACAGCGAGGAUGCGCUGUUUGCCGCCCGGGAGGCGGUCAAGUACCUGGGGCCGGCAGGAGCAAAGACUCUGGAGAGUGUUGUGCUUAGUAAAAUGAAUUUUGAGUCUUUUGUAAAAGGCCUUCUUUUAGUUCAUCAGUAUAGACUUGAAGUUUUCAAGAAUAGAGCUGGAAAUAAGGCCUCCAAGGAAAAUGAUUGGUAUUUAGCAUUUAAGGCUUCUCCAGGCAAUCCUUCUCAGUUUGAAGACAUUCUCUUUGGUAAUAAUGACACUUCAUCUUCCAUUGGUGUUGUGGUUAUUAAAAUGUCCACCGGUGAUGGCCAAAGACAGGUUGGAGCUGGGUAUGCUGACUCCAUACAGAGGAAGCUAGGACUGUGUGAGUUUCCUGAUAAUGAUCAGUACUCCAAUCUUGAAGCCCUGAUUCAGAUUGGAACAAUGGAAUGUGUUUUACCAGGAGAAGAGACCUCUGGAGACAUGGCAAAACUGAGGCAGGUUAUUCAGAGAGGAGGAAUUCUGAUCACAGAUAGAAAAAGAGCUGAAUUUUCCUCAAAAGACAUUUAUCAGGACCUUAACCAUUUGUUGAAAGCCAAAAAGGGAGAUCAGAUCAAUAGUGCUAUCUUGCCAGAAAUGGAGAAUCAGGUUGCAGUUUCAUCACUGUCUGCAGUAAUCAAGUUUUUAGAACUCUUAUCAGAUGACUCAAAUUUUGUACAGUUUGAACUGACUACUUUUGACUUCAACCAGUAUAUGAAAUUGGAUAUCGCAGCAGUAAGAGCCCUGAAUCUUUUCCAGGGCUCUGUUGAAACCACUGGCUCGCAGUCUCUGGCUGUGUUGUUGAAUAAAUGCAAAACCGCUCAAGGACAAAGACUGGUUAAUCAGUGGAUUAAGCAGCCUCUCAUGGAUAAGAACAGAAUAGAAAAGAGAUUAAAUUUAGUGGAAGCUUUUGUAGAAGAUGCAGAAUUGAGGCAGAGUUUACAAGAAGAUUUACUUCGUCCAUUCCCAGAUCUUAACCAACUUGCCAAGAAAUUUCAAAGACAAGCAGCAAAUUUACAAGACUGUUACCGGAUCUAUCAGGGUAUAAAUCAACUACCUGAUGUUAUACAGACUUUGGAAAAAUACGAAGGAAAACACCAGACGUUGUUGGCAGUUUUUGUGACUCCUCUUAUUGAUCUUUGUUCUGAUUUCUCCAAGUUUCAGGAAAUGAUAGAAACAGCUUUCGAUAUGGAUCAGGUAGAAAACCACAAAUUCCUUGUAUAACCUUCUUUUGAUCCUAAUCUGAGUGAAUUAAGAGAAGUAAUGGAUGACUUGGUAAAGAAGAUGCAGGCAGCAUUAAUGAGUGCAGCCAGAGAUUUAGGCUUGGAACCUGGCAGACAGAUUAAACUGGAUUCCAGUGUGCAGUGUGGAUAUUACUUUCUAGUAACUUGUGAGGAAGAAAAAGUCCUUCGUAACAAUAAAAACUUUAGUGCAGUACAUAUCCAGAAGAAUGGUGUUAAAUUUACUGACAGUAAAUUGACUUCUCUCAACGAAGAGUAUACCAAGAAUAAAACUGAAUUUGAGGAAGCCCAGGAUGCCAUUGUUAAAGAAAUUGUCAACACUCCUUCAGGCGUUGUAGAACGAAUGCAGACACUUAAUGAUGUAUUGGCUCAGCUGGAUGCUGUUGUCAGCUUUGCUCAUGUGUCAAAUGGCCCGAUUCCAUAUGUAUGGCCAGUCAUUUUGGAGAAAGGACAAGGAAGAAUUAUAUUGAAAGCAUCCAGAUGUGCCUGUGUUGAAGUCCAAGAUGAAGUUGCAUUUAUUCCUAAUGAUGUUCACUUUGAAAAAGAUAAACAGAUGUUCCAUAUCAUUACUGGCCCCAAUAUGGGAGGUAAAUCAACAUAUAUUUGCCAAACUGGUGUGAUAGUUCUCAUGGUCCAAAUUGGAUGUUUUGUGCCAUGCGAGCUGGCAGAAGUGUCCAUUGGCGACUCAGGUAGGGUCUGGUGACAGUUGAAAGCAGUCUCCAUGUUCAUGGCUGAAAUGUUGGAAACUGCUUCUAUUCUUAGGUCCGCAACCAAAGAUUCUUUAAUAAUCAUAGAUGAAUUGGGAAGAGGGACCUCUACCUAUGACGGAUUUGGGUUAGCAUGGGCUGUAUCAGAGUACAUUGCCACAAAGAUUGGUGCUUUUUGCAUGUUUUCAACGCAUUUUCAUGAACUUACUGUCUUGGUCAAUCAGAUACCAACUGUUAAUCUACCUGUCAUAGCACUAAUCACUAAAGAGAUCUUAACUAUGCUUUAUCAAGUGAAGAAAGGUGUCUGUGAUCAAAGUUUUGGGAUUCAUGUUGCAGAGCUUGCUAACUUUCCUAGGCAUGUAAUAGAGUAUGCUAAGCAAAAAGCCCUGGAACUGGAGAGAUUUCAGAAUAUUGGAAAAUCUCGAGAAUAUGAUGAAACAGAACCAACAGCAAAGAAAUGCUAUCUGGAAAGAGAGCAAGGUGAAAAAAUUAUUCAAGAAUUUCUCUCUAAGGUGAAGCAAGUGGCCUUUACUGAAAUGUCAGAGGAAAACAUCACAGUGAAGUUAAAACAGCUGAAAGCUGAGGUGAUAGCAAAGAAUAAUAGUUUUGUAAAUGAAAUCAUCUCGCAAGUAACAGUUACUAUGUGAGAGAAUCCCACCAAUGGAAUGAAGAUUAUAUUGUAAGCUAUU